AUGGUUAAAGAAAGCCACAAAACUGUGGAAGCCAAUUCUACCUACUUAGAGUGGAUUUUGGAAGCAGUUCACAAGAUCAAACACCAGAAACAGCGACCAAACAAAGACAGAAUAGUCAACGCUAUUCGUCAGAAUCACCAGGUGUCAGAAGAUUCUAUUGUAGAACAACUCGAGUUUGCUGUCAAAAGUGGUCAGUUGCUACGGGUCGAAAGCAAUAAUGACUUCACUUAUAAAGAUCCUUCUGUGGGGUCACAGUCCAAAUCAAAAACACUGGAGUUGGAUAGGAAGACGGACCUGACAAAGAUUAUUCUCCAGUGUCUUCGAGAAUCCAAAGAUGCAAGAGGCCUUAUGCUUAAAGCUAUUGAGAAAUACAUUAUCGCAAAAUUUGUCAUCAAAAGCAGUGACGAUGAAGCAUUGUCCAAGAAUCUUCGUGUAUGCAUUCGUAGAGCAGUUCAGCGGGGUCGGCUGAUACAGUCCGGCAAAUUUAUCCAGCUGCCUGAGAAGAAAGAAGUCAAUGGUGGAAGCUCAAUUGACUUAGAAGAGGCAAAUUUUGAAGUUGUCUUGCCUUUUGAGCGCAACAGGAAAACAGCAACUCCAAUGGUAUUAUGCAGUUUCUGCUUAGAAGGGCCAGAUAAAAACCGGGAAGGCAAGUGGGAGGAUCUGAUUUCUUGUGCAGAUUGUGGAAAUAGUGGUCACCCCACAUGUUUGAAGUUCUCAGAUGUACUUACAGCUAGAGUCCGGCGACUGAGGUGGCAGUGCAUCAACUGCAAAAAAUGUUCAUUUUGUGGAAAAUCUGGCAAAGAGGAUGACAUGCUGUUCUGUGAUUUCUGUGACCGUGGCUUCCACAUGGCCUGCUGUGAUCCUCCCAUUGCCAAGCCACCAAAAGGGGAUUGGAAGUGUAACUUGUGUGAUCCAGAACGAGGGUCACAAAAGGGCAAGGAGUUCUUGGAGGCAGCUUUGAAGUUCACAGAGAAGGUGAAGACACAGAUCCAGGCUACAACCAGAGACAGAGUGAAGAAAGCCAAGUUGUACCAGGCCACCAAACAGAAAGCUAUCAACAUCCGGGCCACAACUAUAGGCAACAAGAGGAAGAGGAAGAGCACCGAGAGCAGUGGAGGAGAGGACAAUGAUGCAGACUCCUCCCAGGAUGUUCUCUCCCCCAGUGAGUUGCCUGUCCUCAGUGGGGCUAGCAGUCUUGAAACUUUGUCAAUUUUGCCCGAAACCAAAAAUUUGGUGGACGGACUAUCUCGCUUUUUCACCCCCACAAACAAACGAUUGUCACGGGUGUCUCUCAGUGCAAUCCAGCCUCCCCUUAUAAACUUGUCCUCAAAUAAAGUCAUCGCUGAGGCUAACAACAAAAAUACACGGAAAGCAAAACCAGCUGACUCAGUGUCUGUCAAAUCUCGCUCUAAGACAUCGCAGAGCCAAAGUCAGCAAGCAGCCACUAGGCUUAUCAAACGUUCCAAGCUGAUGCACGCCUCCAGGGGGCGCCAGAAAACUCAGGGACCUCCUCUCAUUGGACAACUGCGAGGUCUCUUUGAUGGCCUGUCCACGUUUUUCAAUGCAACAGGUGAGCGCAAGAGGACUUUACCAGUAUACAAUCCAUCUAGACAGAAAAAACAUUCCCCUCAACACCUUUCUGAUUCAGCAGCUAGUUAUUCUUUGUCUCCUUCCGACCACUGUUCCUGGGACUCCCCCGCACACAGCUUCUGUGAUAAGACUCGUGCUGGUUUGAGUGUGUGUAUAAGUGACAACAAUUCUAAUAGCAGAUGUGGGCCGGUGUCUGCCCUCUCAUCGGCUCGGCAUGAUCUUUCUUGGUGGGAUGACAUGAAGCACCUGAUGCAGAUGACUUUGGAAGAGUUUCAUCACUAUGGGGCUCAUCCAACAGAUGCCCGAAAUAGAUGUUGGACGGCCAGGGGACCAAGGAGGACAUGGUUUUCCCGCGAGAGAGGUCAUGGCAGGGGCGGGAGCGGCAGAGUUUUCAGGGAUACUGUCCGUACAAAAGCAGGUAUGGUGUUACCUUCGUAUGUCACGGAAGAGGACAUUGCUCUCUUCAAAGAAGCUCAGGAAAAGACACAAAAGGACUUAGACAAGACACAGGGUCAGCCAGCACCAGAGCCCAGGUCCCAUCCUCUGCCGAGUCAGCAACAGUUAGACAUAUCCGACAGUCUUGACACGACACCUGUCACAGAGCUGCCACGAUACCCACCUUGUAUAGAGCUGGGCCAAUAUGAGAUUGUCACCUGGUACUCGUCACCUUACCCUCAGGAAUAUGCCAGCUUACCAAAACUGUACAUUUGUGAAUACUGCCUCAAGUAUAUGAAGAGUCGGAACGGACUGCAGCGACAUUAUGAGAAAUGUGAUCUCCGACACCCACCAGCGGAUGAAAUCUACCGCUGCGGUGAGCUGUCUGUGUUUGAGGUGGAUGGACAGACCAGCAAACUCUACUGCCAGAACCUGUGUCUGUUGGCCAAGCUCUUCCUGGAUCACAAGACACUGUAUUACGAUGUUGAACCAUUCCUCUUCUAUGUGCUCACCAUCAACGAUGAGUACGGCUCACAUAUAGUUGGCUAUUUCUCAAAGGAGAAACAUUGCCAGCAGAAGUACAACGUCUCUUGUAUCAUGACCAUGCCACAGUACAUGCGCAAAGGCUACGGCAGGCUGCUCAUUGACUUCAGCUACUUGUUGACCAGGAGAGAAGAGUGUGCCGGCUCACCAGAGAAACCACUGUCUGCCUUAGGAGCUGUCAGCUACCACGCUUACUGGCGCAGUGUCAUUCUGGAGCAGCUGUCUGCUGUCUCCUCAGACAAGUCUGUCAGUAUUCAAUCCAUCAGCGAGAGAACUGGGAUGUGUCCACUGGAUAUCUUGCAAGCACUGAAAGAUGUUCAUUUCUUGAGGCAUUACAAGGACAGGUCUGUGAUAGCCAUUGAUAUGGAGCUCAUCAAAUCUCACAUGGACAAACUCAAAGGCAAAUCUCGUCUGUCACUGGAUGAAGAUUGCUUGCACUGGUCACCCAUGAUCAGCAAGUCUUUCCUUUCAGAUGAGGAAGAAGAGGCCGAGCGACAGUUGAGUGAGAUGAGAGAGGUGGUCGAGAGUAUAGUGACCGAACGCAAGGAAAUCAGUAAAGAAAUCAAAAACUCACCACUGAAGGAUGAUGCCAGGAUUGCCUCCUUGUGUUCCCCAAGCACUCCUGAAGAAGACCAGACUGACAAGUGGCCAAGACGGUACGGCCGAAAACGCUUUCCCAGCAUGACGUGGGGCAACCCAGGGGUAAAAAGGCUGCGCCGAGGAGAAGCUGCUAGUGAAGCAGAUUCCAAGUGUCCAUUUGAGUUUGAAGUUGAAGAAGACAUCAAGAUGUUGCCACCUACCCAGCCUCUGAAACCUCUUCGCAUUGACAGAUCCCCAGUUCGAGCUCCUGUCAGCUCAUCACCCCUAAGUCCCAUUAGUCCUUCACCAUUCCGCCCUAGCAAUGAUUCACCAGUGAAAACACCCGAGAAAAGACUCAGUAAAAAGUCAGCCCCCGUCACGCAGGACACAGAUGAAACUACACCACUUCUCCGAGGCAGGCAAAGCAGAAAGAUGAGAAGGCCACUAGGCAGGCCUCCAAAGAAAUCAUCACCUGAUGAGUCUGCAUCUCCUCCGCCGAGAACUGAGAAGAAAAAGAAGCCCACUCGAAAAGCUGGACGUGUGGUCACUAAAGAUAUUGACAUGGACCAGCCUGCCAGAAAACCUGGCAGACCUUUCAAGCGCAAGCCAGGCCGACCCCCGAAAAAGGCAUCAGAUGAAGCCCCUGAGUCUUCGAGUAAAUUGUCAGGCCACAGAACAAUCAAAUCCAACACAAAAGUUCCAGGAAGAAGACCUGGGCGCCCACGAAAGGAUGCCUCAAAUGUGGAUGACAAGGAGAGUGACAGCAGCGAUGAAGAGAGUGACCAGCGUGAAGCAGACAAGCUCAGCACCAGCUCCUGUGACAAGAGCAAGGAAGUGGAGGAAACAAAAACACCUGCUGCAGAAGUGGAUAAUGAUUUCUUGCCAUCGCAGCAGACCACCACCACUAGCCCGGCGCCCAAAAAGAACACAGUAAUUGAAGAAUACAUUGACUCCUCGUCCAGCAGUGACACCAGUGGUUCAUCCAACACUGACUCCUCCGAUUCUGAUGAUGAUGAGGAGGAUGAUGAUGAUGAUAACGAUGGUGAUAAUGAUGAUUCUGAAGCAGAAGAGCCUGUGAAACAAAAAUACCUGACUGAUGGUAGCAAGAGUGCAAUGGGGACAACCGAGACAUCGGAAAUGACAACUAAAGUGGGGCGUUUGUCAGCAUCAUCUUCGGAUGAUGAUAGUGAUGCUAUUCCCAGGAAGAGCAAUGUUACAAACAACAUGCGGCAGAGUGAUGAUUCACAGCUGAGAAAGAGUGAUGAGGACAGUGGAGAUGAUCAAGCUUCGCGACUUGUUGGUGUCCACAAUAAUAGCAAAUUGUCCUCAGAUUCUGACAGUGAUAGUGAAGAUAAUGCUUCAGUGAGGUCAGCUGUGAGGAAAGACAAAGAUGCUGCAGUUAAUAGAAAGGAUGAAGGUAAAGUGGAAACAGCAGGUGAAGAAAGAGGCGAAGAAGAUGAAGAAACUAAAGCUGCCAGCCAGAACCUGGCAGACAUUGUCAAAGAUUUAGAGGAAGCUGAUGUGGAGAAGAAACCUGAUAGUCCGGGGAGUGAUGUGGAGGCUCAACCAAGUGUCCACUCGGAGGCAGCAGAUUCUUCCUCUUUCGACAGCAUUGAUUCAUUGACGGAUGCUUUCAGUGAUGCUGCAACACCCACUGAUCCACAAAUCCCUUCCUCCCCUCCUCCUGCCCCAGCUCCUGUCAUUGUGAACAGUGAUGAUGAUAUGCCCUCACCUUCAGGCAGUAUGGGUCGAGGUCCAACACCUCCACUGCCUCAUUUAAUACAGGAACCAGAUCUGCACUUGGGAAGAUCAUCAGUUGAUCCAAUGCUGUCCUCACCCCUUAGCAAUCAGCAGCUACAGCAGGUGCAAUCUCUCCAGCAGAAACCACUCACAUCACCUGGAAGCAGGACUACUAUCCCGGUCAAUAUCCCAUCCCCAAUUUUGAUAUCUCCAUCACCCGAGUACAGACAUCAUCCUCAUACACCCCAACAGAUGCCUACUCCAUCUUCGGUAAAAGAUUCAUCUCAUGAAGAUAUUUAUCAGAAUGUGGGAAGUGUGCAAGGAGCUCCUCUUCCGUCGCCCGCCCAGUUGACCUCUCCGGCGCAGUUGACCUCUCCGGCACAGCAUCAUUCGCCUGCACAUCUGACAUCACCGUCUCAGCUGACCUCUCCUGCACGCCUGACCUCCCCAGCGCACCUGUCCUCACCAGCACAGAUGGCCAGCAGUAUGCUGAGCCAGCAGGAGAAGCACCACCCAGGGCUGGACACCUCCCCUGGCAUGCAGCCACAGAAAGGUCAUGCUAGUGGUGCCCUCAGCCUCUCCACUUCCAGGGCUUCGAAACCUCCGGCUUCUCGGUCUCAGCAGAGAUCCAGAUCACAGGCAGGCCAGGCCCGAGUUCCAGGAUACCACGGUCAACCGUCUGGCGGUCCUCCGCCACUCUCAAGUAUUCAGCCUCUACAGCAACAGGCCUUUGACUUGAACAUCACCCAGCUGGGUCUGGGCUCUCCUGCCUCCCUCGGCAGCGGGGAAAUGACACUGGAUGGUGCCCAGCAUGUCUCACUUAACUCCCUGAAUUACGACUGUGCCCAGAACAUGCAGAACAUGCUGUACUGCAACAAUGGACAAGGCAGGAACAGUUUUAUGGACACGGUGAACAUGGGUGGUCACCAGGCGAUGCUGGCACACAGCGAGGGCUCUGCUGGAGGGUACCAGAUCAACCCCUCUGUGGUGACUAGUAGCCUGAGCUACCACCACCAUGGCUCUCCCAUCUCAACAUACAGUCCCACUAUGUUACCACCUCAGUCACAGUCGCAGCAGCAGCAUCAGCGCCAACAGCAACAACAACAGCGCCAGCAGUCACAGCAACAGAAUUCCCAACAACAGACACUCCAGCAGCAGCAACAACAACAGCAGCAGCAGCAGAAUUCACCCCGCUUGCUUCAGACGUCCUCUGCCCUGCCAAUGACACUCCAUCAGGUCAUGGUCCAGGGUGCUAGUAUCUACCAGACCUCGGGUCAACAACCAAACAACUGUGACCUCAUUAAGCUGCAACAGUUGACCAAUCGUAUACAGGACCUGCCUGUGGACACCUUACAGAUGACUCCGCCUCAGAACAUGACCCCGCCUCCCAUCAACAUGACCACCACUCCAGCUGUCAUGAUGCGAUCUAUGACAACUCCUCCAAUCACAGGCCCCAUACCACACAUAGCUCUCAUGGGCCAACCAACAGCAGCUACUUACAAACGCCAGCGGUCAUCUUCAUCCACAUCCCGAAAGACCCCGAGUGUGCCUCCAGUUAGCCCCAAUGUGACAGUAACUCCAAACAUGAGCCUGUCUCCCAACGUGACAAUUCAGCCAGGUGGAAGCAUGCUGCCUCGGUAUAUAAACUACAGGAUGCCCCAGGGAGUCAUUAACCCGGGCUACAUCACAGCAAACCCACAUGGUUUCUUACAGCCGCAGCAGAUUCCCAUGCAGAUGCAGAUGAUGAACAUGAAUGUCCACUCGGCAGGUAGUGCCCAAGCCGCCUUCCAGCAACAGGUGCAGCAGGCUGGGCAGCCAGGCAACCCCCCGACAGUCUAUGCUCCAUACUACAUCAACAUGAACAAUGUCAUGCGCAGAUAG